AUGCUUUCAAUGAACGAGAGCACCAACCAGUUGAUGAAUGAUUCCGUUUGUUAUACGUGGAAACAGAAGCUAAAAAGAGUGUGUCAUUGGGGACCAAUGAUAGCACUAACAACAAUAUUUUACAUUGCGUACAUCAGUUUGAAAAGUUCAAUGUGGAUUUCCCCCAUGUCACUGUCGAUCUUGGGUUUCAUACAAUUCGUGUUCAUUUCGAUUUUACUCUACAUGAUAUUAAACUCUUACUUUUGUGCAUUAUUUAUUGGACCGGGUUUUGUACCACUCGGAUGGAGACCGGUAAGUGCGGAAAGCAAACUACAGUUCUGUAACUUCUGCAACGGAUACAAGCCUCCUCGUUCUCAUCAUUGUCGUACCUGUCAGAGAUGUGUGAUGAAAAUGGAUCAUCAUUGCCCAUGGCUUAACACAUGCUGCGGCCACUUGAAUCACGGCUAUUUCAUACUGUUCCUCCUGUGGGUUCCUGCGGGAUGCAUGACUUGUGUAGUUGUGCUGGCACUUACUUUUUUAUCUCCGUUUCAUGAUCUGAUCAAGUUUGAUCAGCCUAUUUCAGUUUAUUCUCAGUUUAAACAACCAUUAAGCAUGCACUUUCAUGCGACGCUUUUGGUUGCUGUCUUUUGGCUGCCCAUUUGGGUGAACAAUGGGAGGAAAACAGGAAGGUUGGAAGUAGGAUCGGAGAGAAAAUUUGAAAGUUCAGUGGACGCCACUGUUUACGACACCUAG